ACCGUUGACUGCAGUUUUAUUUACCAACGCGCCUUAUCACGGAUGGAAAUUCUUGGGCGAUACUCGGGGUCACUUGACGUUUCGCAGUACACUGCAAUCUGGGACUGGUAAGCAGCUCAUUCGAUACUUUGCGGUUAGAACAACCGUGCAGUGAUUCUUGGCUUUUGUGAACUUUGUGGAAAUUGGCGAGGAAUUCGGAGCAUCGAGUUGUGCAAGAGUUACACUGUCCAAUUAUGGAAAUAGAAGCACCCUAUCUCGUGGCCAUUCAGGCCAUCGCCGGUGAGACUCCCAGUGAAAAACAACGGACGAUCAAUAUCAUUGCAAGGAAGUUAGCGGGAUUCAAGCACUCCGCAAAUUCCUCAGGGGAUCCUGGAACCCCGGAUCCAGAUGUUCCGGAGCCGUUGAAGCCGUUGGUUCGCGUCGAGGUUGCGAAGCUUCAGCGAUCCUACGAGGGGAUAAUCGAGGCUUUGAAAAGCGAGGACAUCGUCGUCGUCGCUCGAGCCAUUCAGGCCACAUGGUUUUUCGACGGAUCCAACAGGACCGUCAUAAACGCGCCCUACUUCCUAGAGAACGUGUUUCCGCAGAUUUCGUUCUAUGCUCGCUUGAGGGUAAUAAGAAGUUUCGGAAUUCAUUUGAAGAAUACUAAGGUAGCGGCCGAAUUCUUCGUAACCGUCGCCGAACAGUAUGGCGUUAGCCAGGCCGUUCCGUUGCUCGCAGCUUGCGAGGAAAAGUUCACGUGGAAAAUGAUAAUUGAGAAGAAUAUUGUGCUCCCGUUUAAGGCUGCGGAGACGCUUUACCGAAAGUAUCCAGAUCUAGUGAUAAAUUAUCUGAAACUAUGCAAGCCGGAUGAUAAUGACACGAGGAAUCUUCGCAAUAUCAAUAUCGGAGACUAUAAAAAUUUCUUACCCGAAAUUGCGAAUAAACGUCUCGACGAUUUUAUCGAGAUUUUUAAUAUGUUUGAAAACCUGAAUGUAAAACUUGGGAAAAAGGCGACUAGCAUAUUCGUUAAAACGCGGUUGAAUUUACUCGUUGAACAGCCAAAACGGUACUUGAAAAUAGUAUCUCUGAAAAUAAUUAGCCAGAAAUUGUCUUCUGACGAUUUUGUCAAGAUGUUCAAAAACGUAUUUCCUCCGGAUAUGGACAAUUUCUGCUACAGUGAUGUCAUCUCGAUUCUUAAAUAUUACAAACCGGAACAAGACAAGGUAUCUCUGAUUCUCGAUGCCUUUAGAAGCGUUUACGGAAAAGAUUUACUCAGCUGCCAGAAGUUGGUCACUUGUUACGUCAUGAAAUUCUUGCCUCCGGCCGACAGAAUUCAUAUGGCAAGAUUGAAGCUCGAGGAGGACAAGGAUUGGCAUCUUUACAAUACCGAGUACUCUUGGAGAUGUUACCUACCCACGGGUGAAUCAAUCCCUAUGAUAAAAAAAGAAAUAAUCAAAUGUUCGGAUAUCUACAAUCGUCGGCAACUGUUGUUUCAGCUAAUUUACACUUGCAGAGUGAACGACGACAAGGAUGCGUUUUUAAGUGUGGUGAAUUACAUAUAUGAUAAACACAGGAAUGAUCAAAAGUAUACCUUCUACGGUUGUGUAAAGAAGUUUCUAAAAUGGUUUGAUUUAGCAGAACUACAAUCGCAGCAUUGGGAAGUUUUGAAUAAAUAUAUCAAGUUAGCAGAGAUGCAAGAUGAUUUUUCACAAGAAUCGUCCACCUUGGAACGAUUACUACAAUCGGCCCUUCGUUACUGCGCGUUAAAUCAACUUUCUGUCGACGAUUACAUACGGAUUUUAAUUGACACGAAAAUGAAGAAUCGCUAUCAAAAUUGGAAUAUCCUCGAGAAAUAUCCUCUGCUGGAGAAGCACUUUUUGGACUUAAUAAUAAAAACUAUACCGAAGCUAUAUCCAUUCGACGAUAAAAUUUGGAUGGAUUGGGGUUUCAGCAUUGUUGAUAGUCUGGCAUCCGCGCUCUGGAAAUAUAACAAUCAUAUUAAAGAAUCGAAUGGAAAGCUGAAAAAAUUUUCGAUCAAAGAUUAUCCGUGGAUUUUAAAAAGAAUUGAAGAUGGUGUGCUUACCGACAAGAACAGUGAGAACGUUGGUUCAACGCAGAAUAUCUUGUUAUUGGUCAAGGAAAAUGAACCCGAUUUGUACAACGACUGGAUUCGUGGUCUCCCUAACUUUUGGAUGUUCGAUAUGAGGAUCACUUGUGACGUGUUACUAAAACACCAUGAACGAGUUUUAGAAAACUGGCGGGAGUGUUUGGACAGCGCCCAAAAAGUAUGUAGUAGUACAAAGUGGCUACCAUUUUUUGUAAAAAGAAGUCAGUGGUAUCAAAGUUUACCCAUAAAUAUCUUUGGUGAAUCUCUGAAAUCAUACGAUGAUCCAAUAAAAUGUGACGACUCGAUAGCAGCAUUAGCAUUACUCUCCGAUGGUGAAACUUUCGCGAAAAUAGUUGAACCUUACCUACCUACCGAUUAUAAAAUGGAUGUGGAUGACCCCGACGCAAAAUCGACUUACAAAAUAGUUUGCGCCAUCACUUCAAACUUACGGAAAGUAAAUCCGCCGGUUCCUCUCGAUUUAAUUGGACAAUUCUGCGUGGGAGAUUAUCUACAAAUAGCAAUACGAUCACUAGUGAGUGUAUGCUGUCGAGUACCAAUCGACAAAGUAAUACCAUUCGCAACGAUUUUGACGAAACGUCGGGUCUCUGUAAUGAAACAUGGGAUCAGACUGAUGUACUUGGUCGCAUCUUUUGAUGAAAUAUUCCCCUUCCUUACUGACCUCUGGGAUGACAAAAGUCAUCCGUCUGUCAGAGCGGUGGUAUUCCACAAAAUUCACAACGUCUUCUGCAAGCAGCCAGAUCCUCGUACUUGGAGUAUGUUGAAGACGUGCACGGCAACGUUGAACGUAAACGACGACCUGGAAGUUUUCUCAAAGCUUCCGGACUUGUCUAAAGUGCCUAACCAGUAUCUUGAGGAAUACAUUACUACCGUCCUCAGCACAAUGAAAUCGGUUGAAAAGAAGAGCGACGUUCCAGAGACAUACGUAGAUUUGGCGUGCCAAUUGGUUGGAAAUAUAGAUCGUUCCAUUACUAAAAUUCUUCCCGAAGACUUUUCCCAAAAUUUGAUAAGACAAUAUUUGUUUGUUUUUGAUUAUAAUCUAAAUAUUUUUCAUACCGGACUAAGCUUCACUAUAGGCAGUUAUCUUCUUGCGUCGAAAGAUUAUAACGAGUUGAGGUUUAAAUUCUUUGGAGAUUUUUUUCGACAAACUGUAAAACAGUAUUGGAACAAAACAUAUCCUAAAUCUUUCAAAUUCUACCCAAUCAACUAUAUGAUUUACAAUUUUUUCUGCAGUUUUCUGGGUAGAACAACCGAUAAGGGAUAUGAUGUAAAAAUCUUUGAGAGUUUGUUGGAAAUUUUUAAUUCUGUUCUGAAACCAUAUGAAGAUGCUGCUUCUUACUUGGAUAUUGUUUUUUCGAUCGAGUACAACAGUUCAGAGACUUCGGUAGAUUUUGGUACUAAGAUAGCGCAGAAGAUUCCAGAAAUUGUCGAGAUUUUGUCUCCAGAAUACAUUAUUCCUUUAUCGAAUAAAUUGUCAUCUUUUAUAACGUCGCGAAAAUUCAACAACACUGAAAGCAGCGAAGAAAAGAUGAUGGCUAUCAUCGAAGCGUUUGUCCAGAGAGGAGGGAUUCAAUGCGCUCUUAUUGCUGCAAAUUUUUUAUCCCACACUACGCCGAAAAAGCUCGAUGAACGUCUGAAGGCCGUCAUACACGCCCUACGAGAAUUUCGUCACCCCGGUAUCUCGGGAAUUCUAAACGAAUCUUUGGUCAAUCUCAAUUAUUUCGUCUAUCGCGGGAUGUUCGAAUAAUUAAAAAAGUUGUGGUA